AUGGGACAUCGGGGCUAUCAAGACCAGUUCAAAAGCACUGAACCUGAACAACUAAGCAACAUCGCUACCGAAUGGCACACCCAAAACGAGAAGUUGACUCAGGCUGGAUGGACAGAGGUACAGCGAAUCGAAACGGAAAACGCUCUGAAUGAUCGGAGGUGUUCCUCGAUCCAAAGGUCGGCCGUCAGAGGAGCCAUCCCGUAG